GACGCGGCGCCUGCGGACGAUCCCCUCGACGCGGAGCUGCGGGCGUUCGCGGCUGCGGCGCUGCCGGGGCUCCGGGAGAGGAGAGCGCCAAGGAGGCGCUGCUGCGCGACCUGCACCUGGCCGCGCAGGACGCCGUGGGCCCGGGGUCGCGCGUCUUCCCCUUCGGGUCCACCGUGACCGGGUGCGGCGAGGACCCCCGACAGUUUCUGCUUGUGCCCUCUUCUCUUCUUCGACGCGUGCCCCCCGGCGUGGCGCAGCUGAGCGCGCGCAGCGCGCUGAAGCGGAUGACGGAGCGGAUGCGGCGGAUCCGCGGGCUGCGGGGCUUCGAGCCCCGCCCGUGGGCGAAGGUUCCGGUGCACGUCCUGCAGAUGAAGGACGGUUCCGAGUGUGACCUCUGCUUCCAAAGCCUGCUGGCCCUGUACAACACUAAGCUGCUGCGCACCUAUGUCGAGCUGCUGCCCGAGCUCAGCGUGCUCAGCUGUGUCGUGAAGCGCUGGGCCAAGACCCACGGCAUAGCGAAGGUCACGAAAGGCUUCAUAUCGUCUUACUCGUGGACCCUGAUGGUGAUUUAUUAUUGA